GACGACGACGACGACGACGACGACAAUCAUCGGCACAACUAUCUAUCGGAUGCUCUAGAUCCGUACCAGCCGACGUGCGCCUGGAAUACACACAAAAGUAAUCAACAGCUUGAAUGCGCCGUGUCCUCGCCGAUUCCUUAUCUGAACGUCAACAAUCCCCCCCACCGCUCAACAAUGCCUGCCGCAGAUCCCAACACAACGCCCUCUGCCCCGAAGACUAGCAGCUCCUUGGAGGAGGAGCUGUCCUAUUAUAAGUCGCAGUAUGAACAAUUAGAAGUCGAGCUUGCCGAUUUCCAAACCUCCAGUCGUGAAUUGGAGGCGGAGUUGGAGAAGGAUAUCGAAGCCUCCGAGAAACGGGAACGACAUCUGAAAGAAAAGGCAGAAAGUUUGAGUUACGAAGUUGAUGAGUGGAAGGCCAAAUACAAGCAAGCAAAAACAGAAGCGAAUUCCGUUCAAAACACCCUACAAAAAGAGAUCACCACGCUACGAGACAGCAAUCGCACUUUGCAACUGAAGCUCCGAGAUAUUGAAGUCGCAAACGAUGACUAUGAACGCCAGGCUCGUAAUACCACCUCGUCGCUGGAGGAUUUGGAGUCUAAAUACAAUGUCGCCAUUGAGCGGGGAGUCCUCCUGGAAGAAGAGAUCAAGAAUGGAGAGCAGGAGCGAGAGGGCCUGCGAAUCACGGCCCAACGUCUGCGUGACGAGCUGUCGGACUUGAAGAUUGAAGCCGAUAUUAUCAACAACAAACUUCGCAAAGCUGAGAGCGAACUCAGCCAUCGCCGCAAGCCCGCCUUCUUGAAUUCGUCUUCUGUAGCCAAUAAUCAAUAUAGCGAAGGUGCUGAACAAUCGCCAGUCACAACUUCUUCUUCACCAACGAUGACCACACCUCCUGCCAAAUCCGUUUCGUCAGCAACAUCGGAGGCCUUGACCCCUCCGUCUCCUACCGCUUCCGAGUCUUCUGUCAGCGUUCGCAAGGCAGGCGCCGAAGGUGGCGCCACCCGCAGUAGAAUAUCUGUUUCAAGCAGUGUACCUCGCCCGAGUUUUGGCAGACACACUCGCACCCCUUCAAUUCCUUACGUAAAUGGCUUUUCUACCCCGUCGAUGUCUUCUGUUCGUACUGCGCCCCGACUUAGCGCUUCGCAAUCUGGCAUUCCCCGGUCCGGUUCAUUAUAUCAAAUUCGCGGUCUCAUCGGCAAGAUGCAAAAGCUGGAACAGCGAGUGCAUUCUGCCCGCUCAAGACUUCCAGCUCCAUCUGAGACCCCCAACGGCGCCUCGCCGCGUGCACCUUCGGCUUUGGAUCAAAGCUCCAUACCAUCGUCGGUGACCGUCCGUAGGAGCUCUCGCAAGCGAACAAGCACCAGCAGUGUCAGCUCUUCAGCCUUGGAUGGAGAUAACACAACAUCAUCUUCAUUUAUUCAUAAUCGACAAUCUUUUGGACGUUCAGUCGACAGCCGCCCAAGUAGUCGAACCAGCUACUCGAGUCGCAAUUCCUUCGGUCUUGGGACCAGCAUACCACAGGCGCGCCCUGAUAGCAGACAAAGCCUGAACCGUGCUCGGACUCCUCUCGGACAUUAUUCGACGAACCCGACAACAGAAAGCCGGCGCCCGCGGUCUUCUUUGAGCUCAUAUUCACAAAGCCAUGGCCCAGCCAAAGGUAUGUCGUAUAUUGACGAAGAUAGCGACAUCACUACACCAACGCCCCAACGAGGUACUAUAGAGAACGAGUCAGUCUUCCGUUCGUCUAUACCCGGUCCAAGCAGCCUAAAGAAAAGACCCAGCGGUACAAUGGCAUAUAGUGGUAUACCAGGGUCUCGGCGAACAACCGCAGGGGCGGACGGCCAAAAGACAGACUUCCGAGCAAGUCAAGGGCCUAAAAGGAAACCCAGCGAUCUCGGCGAAACCUAUUAAUAUGAUAUUAUAUUUGUUGUCGCGGCAUAGCUUUGCGUUGAUAUGCUUGCAUAACUCAAUACUUUAUGGCCGAUAUAUGUAACUCGGUUUUGACACAUCUUGGAGGAGCUCUCAUUUUAUUAAAGGACGAACGACGUUUCUCGGUUUCGGCUGGGGUUUGUUUAUUGCAUGGCGCAUAGGCGUCACAGAGUUAUUGCAAGGUGGACAACGGCGCCUUUAUUGAUGUAUUUUUUUUUUUUUUU